UGUAAACAGCCGGUGUUCCUCUAUUUAAGUUUGUGCAACGCGGAAUCGCUUUUACAUUUUUAAUAAAAAAUAUAUCAAAUAUCAUUGGGUUUACUUGGAAUAAAGAUGGAUUCUGAUUUAUAUGACGAAUUUGGCAACUACAUUGGUCCUGAACUGGAUAGUGACGAAGAUGAUGACCAAAGUAUAUACGGUCAACAAGAACCUCAGGAUGAUCAAGAUGAAGAUGCGAUGGACGAAGAGGAAGAACAUCAAGACGAUGAAGAUAAAGAGGUUACAGCCGUUGUUUUACAUGAAGAUAAACGUUAUUAUCCAACUGCAGUCGAAGUGUAUGGACCCGAUGUUGAGACCAUUGUGCAAGAAGAGGAUGCCCAACCCUUAGACAAACCGCUCAUUGAGCCCAUUAAGAAACUUAAAUUUCAAAUAAAAGAGCAGGAACUCCCAGAAACCACGUAUGACAUGGAAUUCAUGGCUGACCUGAUGGACACACCACCACUCAUACGAAACGUUGCAUUAGUGGGACAUCUCCAUCACGGGAAAACCACUUUUGUAGACUGCUUAAUACGUCAGACUCAUCCACAAUUUGAGCAAGCGGAAGAGCGCACACUCCGCUAUACUGAUACACUAUUCACUGAACAGGAGCGUGGUUGUAGUAUUAAGGCUACACCUGUGACGCUAGUCUUACAAGAUGUUAAACAAAAGAGUUUUUUAAUGAACGUUUUUGAUACACCAGGGCAUGUAAACUUUUCUGAUGAAGUGACAGCUGCUAUGCGUAUGUGUGAUGGUAUCGUUCUUUUUGUGGACGCUGCGGAGGGUGUAAUGUUAAAUACUGAACGUUUAUUAAAGCAUGCGGUACAGGAGAAAAUGGCAAUUACGGUUUGCAUUAAUAAGAUUGAUCGUUUAGUUUUGGAGUUGAAAUUACCGCCACAAGAUGCGUAUUUCAAAUUAAAACAUAUUGUUGAGGAGAUAAAUGCUUUGCUGAGCACCUAUGGUAAUGGUAACGAGAACUUAUUAGUUUCACCUGCUUUAGGCAACGUUUGCUUUGCUAGUUCAUUAUACGGAUUCUGUUUCACUUUAAAAUCGUUCGCUAAACUGUAUGCAGACACUUAUGAUGGCGUUAACUAUGCAGAAUUCGCCAAACGGUUGUGGGGCGAUAUGUACUUCCAUAGUAAAUCGCGAAAAUUUACGAAAAAGCCACCUCAUAACUCAGCACAGCGUAGCUUUGUCGAAUUUAUUUUGGAACCCAUGUAUAAAGUGAUUGCUCAAGUUGUUGGUGAUGUUGAUACUACUCUUUCAGAUACUCUGGCUGAGCUAAAUGUACGUAUAACCAAAGAGGAAAUGAAGUCUAAUAUCCGUCCUCUGUUACGUCUUGUAUGCAAUCGCUUUAUGGGAGAUUUUAAUGGAUUUGUUGAAAUGUGUGUGGAGCACAUAAGCUCACCCUUGGAAAAUGCUAAGCGAAAAGUAGAUCACAUUUACACGGGACCAAAGGAAGGUGAAAUUUAUAGAGAUAUGGUGGACUGCAAUCAGAAUGGCACCUUAAUGGUCCAUAGCGCUAAAAUGUACCCCACCGAUGACUGUACAUUUUUCCAGGUUAUGGCGCGUGUACUCUCGGGAACUUUGCACGCAGGUCAAGAAGUACGAGUUUUGGGUGAAAAUUACACUCUGCAAGAUGAAGAAGAUUCCCGGGUUCUGCAAGUGGGUCGCUUGUGGGUAUAUGAAGCCCGCUACAAAGUGGAACUGAAUCGAGUGCCGGCCGGUAAUUGGGUACUUAUUGAGGGUAUCGAUCAGUGUAUUGUGAAGACUUCAUCAAUUGUUGACAUAAAUGCACCAGAAGAUCUCUAUAUUUUCCGGCCACUAAAAUUCAAUACGCAGAGUAUUAUAAAAAUUGCAGUAGAACCUGUAAACCCCUCGGAGUUGCCAAAGAUGUUGGAUGGUUUACGUAAAGCUAACAAAUCCUAUCCUCUACUAUCAACAAGAGUAGAAGAAUCUGGUGAACAUGUAAUUUUAGGAACUGGAGAACUUUAUUUAGAUUGUGUUAUGCACGAUUUACGUAAAAUGUAUUCUGAAAUCGACAUCAAAGUUGCUGAUCCUGUUGUCGCCUUUUGCGAAACUGUUGUGGAGACUAGUUCAUUGAAAUGUUUUGCUGAAACACCAAAUAAGAAAAACAAAAUAACAAUGAUUUCAGAGCCGUUAGAGAAAGGUCUUGCUGAGGACAUUGAAAAUGAAGUGGUAUCAAUUAAUUGGAACAAAAAGCGGCUUGGAGAGUUCUUCCAAGUCAACUACGAUUGGGAUUUACUGGCAGCUCGUUCAAUUUGGGCUUUCGGUCCAGAUACAACCGGACCAAAUAUUCUCGUAGACGAUACCCUACCAUCAGAAGUAGACAAAAAUUUACUCACUUCAGUGAAAGACUCAAUAGUGCAAGGUUUCCAAUGGGGUACACGAGAGGGACCACUGUGUGAGGAACCAAUUCGUAAUGUAAAAUUUAAAAUAUUGGACGCUGUAAUCGCUGGCGAAGCCUUACAUCGUGGUGGUGGUCAAGUAAUACCCACCGCGCGUCGUGUUGCUUACUCAGCAUUCCUUAUGGCUACACCACGCUUGAUGGAGCCUUAUUUAUUUGUAGAAGUACAAGCGCCAGCCGAUUGUGUUUCAGCCGUGUACACAGUGUUAGCGAGACGAAGAGGGCAUGUAACACAAGAUGCUCCAGUUUCUGGUUCACCCUUAUACACCAUUAAAGCGUUUAUACCUGCCAUUGAUUCGUUUGGCUUCGAGACAGAUUUACGUACGCAUACACAAGGACAAGCCUUUUGCUUAUCCGUAUUUCAUCAUUGGCAAAUUGUGCCCGGCGAUCCGUUGGAUAAGUCUAUAGUAAUAAGACCACUGGAACCUCAACAAGCUUCACAUCUGGCACGUGAAUUUAUGAUUAAAACAAGACGUCGCAAAGGCUUGUCGGAAGAUGUCUCCAUUAAUAAGUUCUUCGAUGACCCUAUGUUGUUGGAGUUGGCGAGACAAGAUGUGCUUUUGAAUUAUCCACUGUAGAUUUAGCAAUUUUCAAUAAAAGCGCCAAUUAUGCUAUAAAAAGCACUGCUAAACUUAAGUUAACUAUAAAGCUUUUAAAAGCUGAUUGCAUUCUCAAAGAGCUUUCAUUAAGUUUAUCGAAUUUGUUGUCGUCUAGACGACGACAGAAUGCGCUAAACAAAUGUUUGCAGGGAGAAAAUAAAUAUAACUAAAUAUAUAUUUCACCGAUUGAGAA